GUGGUUUCCAGGGAAACUGGAAAUGUGAAGCUUUUUCAAUAGACACAGGCAGAGCUUAAAGAGCCAGGUUUGCCUAAGAUAGAUUCUUCUAGAGACAAACCUGUAGCCGCUGCAAUCACUAUCAAUCACUGGGAGAGAUAUAUGGACAGAUGCGGGUCUGGAUCAGCGCUGAGAUUUUUGACGUUUGACCCGAAUCUGACAGAGAGCUAUGGCGAGACUUCAGUCUGACUUGGACUGCUGAGGUUUUCCACCCCUUUAAUGCACAGACAGAAUGGGAAGUCUAAAAGACGAAAUGAGAGGACUGACAGAGGACCACAAGCAGUGUGAGAGGGCAGAUGAUGGAGAGUAUCCAGGCAGCUCAGAUGGCAGCGCUGAGCCUGAGGAACCUCAGAUAAACACGAGUCAAGAGUCAUCAACACAACAGAGCUAUCAGCCAAAACUCCACACAAACGCCGACUGCGAUGGAGAGGAAAUACACAGGGGUCCCAUUUCUAAAGAUGAGGAGGAUUCAGGAGGGGUUUGUGACAACACUGACCAAUCAGGCUCUACAGAGGUUAAAGACUUUUUGCAGACCGAUGCAAUCAGUCUGACACAACAGUCUGAAGCAACAAAAGAUACACAAAACAACACAACCAUCACCAAAAAGACCCUGACUGAUGGAGAGGGAGAUGAUACAAUUCAGGUGGAAAUGUCUAAGGAUAAAAUCAUGUGUCCUGACGAAGGGGAAGAAGCGAACAGAAUUGAGAACAUCACUAUUCCUGUACCUCCAACCCCAGGACCCUGUGAGCCCUGCACCCCAGCACCCUUUGGCCAACACCACAUGCGCACACAGGUCAGCCUGGAGGUAGUCCAGUGUCACUCUGCGGCCACCAGCCCCAUGACGCCUCCUGAGGGCGGCAAUUCCUUCUUCUUCCCAAGCUCUUUUGGGAGAUCUGGAGCUGUGGGUGCUGACACUAAAGAUGCAGACCUACAGGUGGGCAAACAGGUGGAGUUCUGCUCGGUUGCUACCUCCCCUAUGACCCCAAAGACGCCAUCGACAACAGCUUUCCCAGAGCUGAUGGGGAGGGAGACGGUGCAGAGAGAGGAGGAGAGGGUGAAACAAUGCUCCGUUGCUACUUCUCCCAUGACCCCAAAGACGCCUUCCACAACAGCUUUCCCAGAGCUGACCGGGAGGGAGACAGUGCAGAAGAAGAAGGAGACGGGGAAGCAGAGUAAGGGGUCAGAGGUGGAAGGGAGUUUCUCUUUGAUCAAAAGUCAAGCAGAGGCUGAGUCAGAGAAAACAGAAGCGUUAGAGUUAAGCACAUCAAAGGAGCAGAGUGAGGUGAGCUCCUCCUGGUGCCCUACUGUUGUGUCGACAGAUUCAAGAGGAAUUACUAAAGACAGUAAGCAGCAGAGGAUGGGAAGUAUGGAUCAAGACAUUACUAUCGUGGUGACCCACCAUGACCACAGCGAGGAAGACGAUGAGAAGCCUGAGUCGUCUGUUUGUCCCGUGGAGAAAGAGGUGAUUGAUGAAUGUGAGGAAAUCAGAGGGAACAAUGACAGAAGAGAGGAUGAAAAGGAAAAUGUCCCUACAGAUGCUCAUGGUCACGCAGAGGAUGAUUCACCCUCACCACACAAAAAAACCGCAGAGCCCUCGGCUUCUGCUUGUGAUGAAGUCAAAACACACCUGAACUGUGAAAAUUCAGAAGUCAGAGACGUCAAAGUCACGAGUGAAGAUGUGAAAGAGGUUUCUUCAUCGAAACCUCCCGUCCCUGAAUCUCCUGCUCCUUUCGGCUGCCACAACAUCCGCACGCAGGUGAGCCUGGAGGUGGUGCAGUGUCAGUCUGCAGCGACCAGCCCCAUGACUCCACCUGAGGGGGACCAGGCCUUCUGCUUCCCCAGCUCCAGUUUGAGAUGUGGAGCUGUGGGUGCAGAGACUAAAGACGCUGAGCUGCAGGUGGGUCACCAGGUGGAGUAUCGCUCUGUGGCUACAGCACCCAUGACCCCAAGAACACCAGUCGCAACAUCUUUCCCUGAGGUCAGGAAAGAAACCAGCCUGGAGGAGAAGAUAGUGGAGGAGGAAGAGGAGAAAAAAGAAGACAUGGAGGAUGAGAAUAAGAUGAAAGAAGAGGACACGAAGGAGGAAAGCAGCUGUAAUGAGAAAAGUGAGGAGCCAGUACAGGAGGUGAGCUGGGAUGAGAAAGGCAUGACAUGGGAGGUGUAUGGGGCGGUGGUGGAGGUGACUGUGUUGGGCUCAGCCAUCCAGAAACAUCUGGAGAAGCAGGUGAAGAAGCAGAAGCAUCAGACUUCCAUGCCUCCCCCUCCCCCGCUCAACCUGUCAGCAAUGCCCCUCAACUCAGAGGGCUCGGGUAAAGGUAAGAGGGGAGAACAGGAUGGGGAGAUGGGCCGACGUAGGAGAAACCCCUUCCGUCAGCUGAUGGAGAACAUGCAGCAGCCACAUUGCUGCACAAGAGCUCACAGCGCUGAGUGAUGUGAGAAGAAACAACAGCUGGUUAGAAACAGAGUCAGUGCUGCGGAAUCAAAUGACUUCUGAUUAACUUGGCUGUGAUACGGUAUAUUCACUGACUCACUUCACAGAACUUGUCAUGAAAGCGUGAAAGGCAAAUCACCUCCUCACUCGAGCCAAAAAAAAAGCACAAUACAACAUUUAGAGGAGAGACAGCUGAAUAUCAGCCAUACAAGAUGUCUUUUUAGUUGUUUUAUUCUCUGUGUUUUUAUGUUUUUAUGUCUUUGAAAACUGUGAUUGAUAUUAAUGAUUGCUUUUCUUCUUUAAUCUUUUUCACCCUUACCAAUCAAUGAAUUAUUUUAGCUUUUGAUGCUUUUUUAAGCCACUUAUAACAAAAAAAAAAAGCCAUGGUUAGCUCCUUCAGGUCUCAUGCGGCUGAACUCAGCUCCAGAGAGGAGAAAUGAUUGUGGAGUGUGACAGUUUUUGAUUGUGAUUGAUGACCACAAGGUCAGAAGCUAUAACGUGAAGGUGUUUCGAAUGUAGGGAAGUUAAGUGACCUAAAUGUUGCCUUGAUCUGUGUGAGGGGAGUCACUUUAGCAUCAUUAGUGCAGGCUUGUCUUCUGCUUUCAGAUUUGGCACAAUGCUUUGACUUGUUUUGUGGAAAGUGAACUAAAGAGGAUCAAUAAUGAAUGUAUGAGAAAGUAAUAACUCCUGAUAUGAAGUUGUUUUUAUUAAUUAAUCUUUUAUGUAUUUUAGUGCCAUGAUUAGUGAUUUAUUUGUGUGAUGAAAAUUAUUUUAAAUGUGUUUCAGGGUAUUGCCGUGUUAGUGGUGUUGUUUUUUUUUUUACAUUCAUUUGGAAACAUUUUAUUCACAAAUCUGCCCUUGUGAUUCAUUCAUUAGAUGUCAGUAAUGAUUUAAAGAAACUGCUUCUUGCAGGAAGUCACAAUGCAUGAGAUUUUAUUCUAGUGACAUGUAUCUCAGACCAAAAAGCAACAAAGUUGCAGAAGAUUUUGUGAGACAUACAUGAGAUUUUCAUUCAUACAGUCUGCAAAUGUUUUGAAAUUCAGCUUUUCCUUUAUUAGCAUCAGCUGCAACAAAACUAACUAUGUGUUUUAUGUGUGACAUAACUUUUAAUAAAGUCUUAUUACAAAGCAAACCAAGCUGUUUUUAAACCAUCACAUGAUAUAUUUACAUAAAUAAAGUGAUUGACAUGUGACACAAA